AUGUAUGACAAUGACUGCUUCUCCAUGACCAACAUAUCCUGGUAUGGGGGUGCCAGUGUUCGGGGUCAGACUUGGCCGAUUAAUGAUCAGAACACCACAAUGCAGCCCUUCAUCGUCAGUGAUCUGAAGGACAAUCCCUCUGGGUUCGGCUCUGCCCUAGAACGCUAUUUCCUUGGCUCAUCGGGUGUCGCAGUGCUUGUUUCUCCUGAUAUUCCCCUGCAGCUUGGGCUGGACAGCAGACAGCAGUUCUGCCUGCAGUCACUUCCAAGUAUGGAGCGGCUCCCUCUGCAGUACACUGUGUGUGUGGCCCACAGUGUAAAAGCUGCUCACCAGGAAGCAGUGCAGCAGCUCUCCGAGCACAGCAGGGAGUUGCCCAACAUGAAAGCACUGCGGCUGCCAUUCUGGAAGCUGCUCGCCAACAUGGAUUCGGGGCCGAAGGUGGAGAGGGAGAUGAGGACUUUCUCGAAUCGUCUGAAGAGACACCAGCUGGGGGAGGGAGUCAUCAGCCUCAAUGAACAUUCCACCACCCUCCUCUCUGAUAUGGACCAUGACUACCUCAACAGCAGGAAAAGGGGGAUGUCCAAGAGACUGACCAGGGACCUCCCACUUGUCAAGCUUCUUAACAUUUCCAUCACCCUGUCCCCUUUCCUGGGUGUGGACACCACACAGUUCCACACCUCCCUUAUUGAUGGCACUGAGGCCUACUGGCUCAGUCUCCCUUCAGCCCCUCAGGGACAGCUGAUUCCUGUGAUGAGCCAGUGGCGAGGAAAGUUCUGUGUAAAGCUGAACAUCACAAAUCCAGGAGCAGUGAGCUGGUUCCUGGACAGAGUAGGAGCCCUACAGGCCCAUUUAGGGAUGGAGUACAUCAUGCUGGAAGGGGGCGAGGGGAAUCUGUUUGAGGAGCAGGCACUUCGGCCACCUCAGUCUCUGGGUGGAGACAGUUACAUCAGCCUGCUGGCUGACCUGGCCACCAGGAUAGGAGAUUCCACCAUUAUGACUGCAGGGACACGGUCGAGCCACAAGCCCCUCUUUGUGAAGAUGACCCCCCUGCAGUCUGAUUGGAGCCCAAUGGGCCUUAAGGCUAUCAUUCCCAACCUGAUGCACCACACUUUGCUGGGAUACAACUUCCUCAUUCCUGAUGCAGUAGGUGGCUCCCUGUCUGGAGACCUGGUCACAGAUGAUGAGUUGUUCAUCCGCUGGCUGGAGAUUGCAGCCUUUCUUCCUGUUAUGAGCUUCCACACACCACCCUGGAUCUUUGGAGAGGACCAGGUGCUAAACCUAACUAGGAAAUACCUAGCAAGGCACCAGAGGGAUGUGGUACCACUGAUUGAAAAGUAUGCAGAGGAGUGGCAGAUGACAGGAAACCCCAUCUAUCGGCCCAUGUGGUGGCUCAGUCCCACUGACCCCAUGACCUUCACCAUCAAUGACCAGUUCCUCAUUGGAGAUGAGGUCCUAGUGGCACCUGUGGUGGAGAAGGGGGCAGUGCAGAGGGAUAUAUAUUUACCUGAUGGAGGCUUUCAAUGGCAGGACAGUCAGAACGCACAGGUGUUCGAUGGAGGGACGUUUCUACAGGACUACCCUGUGCCCCUGACGGAGGUGGCUGUUUUCUUACGGAGAAGCUGACUCGGAUAAUCGAUCCACUGAGUCAUGUGAUUUAUCCUGUUACUGUUUUUAAUCAAAUUCUUUUUUUUUUUUAAGUACUUGUGCUGUUCUUAACUUGCACUUUUCUACUAAAGACCAUUGACCCUGCCUCAAGCGCUGUCUUGAGACAAUUUGUAGAAAAACUUUUUUUAUACUUGCACUUUACAGUUCAAAAUAAUUUGUAUUUUUUUUUCUUUGAUGUC